CCAUGGCCGUCAGCGUGCAGGAGAAGCCCCGCCCGGUGGCCGAGGAGGGCGGAUGGGGGUGGGCGGUCGUUGCGGCCUGCUUCCUCGCCACCAUCUGUAUUCGCGCAGUCACCAGGUGUGUGUAAAUGUGUGUAUGUUUCGCCGUGUAGUCCAACAAAAGUACAAACUGUGAGCAGUUUCGCAAUAACACAAAAGCAAAGAUUCACGUAUCCUUGUGUGCAUGUGCACCCACAAAGUAAGGAUGACGGUUGUGUUUGUGUUCCGGCAAGUAAAAGUGGGCGUAUCAGAUCUUAUCGUAGUACAAAAACAAUGUGUUCCAGAUCUCACACCAGUACAAAAUCAAGUGUAAAUGUAUUUGUAGUCCCAAAGAAAUACAAAAUAAAUGGCACACACAUUGGCUGCCGUUGACGGCACUAGACGUCCAAUUAAUUUUGACUGGGGGUGAACAAGUCAGAAUGAAUUGGAUCUUGAGUGCUGUCAGUGGCAGUGAAAAUGAACAUUCGCAGCCAGUCCUCCCAGUUGAAAUUAAUUAGCUGUCAAUGGCAGGCCAUAAGUUAAUUUGGGUCACUUCCUUGCUAAUUUUCAGACGGUCACCUCCUGUUGAUAUGUGGUCACUUUCUGUUGGUUUUGGGGCGUUUACAGGUCACUUUCUGUUGAUUUCGGUUUACUUUCUAAUGACUUCUGAGCAUUCCUGCUUCACUCCUUGUCAAUUUGGGGCAAUUAAAGACAGAUGUCAAAAAAACAAUGACCCCCCAAUGGAGAAAUAUGGAAAGAGUUAAUGACCCAAAAUAUCCAAGAAUCGACCCAGGAAUGCCUCAAAAUCAUCAAAAAGGUCAUAAGAAGCUAUUAGCCAAAAAAUUAACAGGUAGUGACUAAUAAACAAGAGGUGACCUGGAAAUGCCCUAAAAUCAACUGCAAAUGAUCCAAAAUGUGACACCGGAAUGUACCUGCCGAAAGUGAGCCAAAGCACCUGUGACCUAUAAGUACCCUAAAUGAACAAGAAAUUGACCCAAAAUUAACAACGAUAGACAUCCGAUUCAUGUAAACUGGGAGGAAUGGCUGUGAAUGCUCAUCUACUGUAUCAGUGCCAUUUACGACGCUAGGGGACAAAUGAACAUUUGUGAGUUAACAAGGAAGGACCUAAAAAAGCUGUAAAAUGAAAAGGAAGUAAAAGCAAAGUAUCCCCAUUGCAUUUUCUAUUUGACUUGACUCUUGUGAUUUAGUAAGUAUCUCUAAAUAGCUCCUCUCUUACCAGGAGGUCAUACCUGAACAGAUUAAAGUGUUAACUUUUUCUUACCCCCACCAAGGCUCUAAAUUCCUCCUAAGACCUUUCCAUGUGGACUUAUUGGCACAGUCAGCACGUUUCCAUCACACAGUUAAGAAUGAAGUCAUUCCAAGUGAUAUGUGUUCUGUUUAUUUUGUUGUUGAGCAGCACAUUUCUAGAGUUCUUAAAUCAGAAAAAAAGAACGGAGUGAAUGAGUGGCAGGUGUCAACUGAUAACCUCGUCCAAAUCUUUAUCAGCUGAGAGAGGCCGCGGAAGACAUGAAAUUACAUAAGCGCACUUAUGCAAGGUUUCAUAUAUUCGAGGCCUUUUAGUUCGUGCACCACCUGACCCAACACGUUGCUCAGAAAAUUGAUAUACGGCAUCUCAAAAUAUCAAUAUUUAUGCUUUUGCAUUCAUGCCGGAUUAGCAGCGACUUCUGCGCGAUGUCCAAAGAUUGAUAUUCCAUUUUGUGCCGUGUGAUUAAAUGAUACUGUGUAUCAAGCUGCUGAACAGGACAGGUUUAGAAAAAAAAUGAACACAUUGGAAAACAUGAAAACAUUCGACGUUGGAGUACUGCCACUGUGUAUGCAUGAUCGAGUUUCAGUGUCAAUGACGGCGAUAAACGUCCGGUACAAAUGGAUUGGGUGUCUAUCGCUGUCAACGGGAGUUAAAGUGCAUACGACACCAAAAAGCAUGUUUAUUUCAUAUUUCACGCGGUGUUUUAUGCUCCUGAAUGAAAUGGACCGCUUGGAUGUGUGUGGAAACGAUCGUUUUAUAAAUUCUAAUUUUGAAUCCCACGCCAUGAAAAUGAGUAACUUCCGGCUCCAGUCUCGGGUUCAGGACAAAUGCGAAUGUGACGUCACCCGGGUCAGCAUUUCACAAUACAGCAUUGCUUUAUAGCAUGCAGAUGGACUGCGGAUUCAGCUGAUUUUGCGGAUUAAUUUGUUUAUUUUUCGCAUCACGCCAGCCAAAGGGCUGCAGGCUUUUGUAGCCACACCGGGGAGAAGCGUGUGAGCCUUUUUGGGUUUCAGAAAGUUCCCGUUCACCCCGAGAUCAGCCAAGACAAGUGUGCGACAACUGUGGGACCAUUGGACUAACGAGGAAAUGUGUUUCCAUGUUUUUCGUGGAGUUCCAGCUGCACUUUGAGCGAGAUUAUUCCACCACAGCCUGGAUACACAGCCUCAUCGACUGCACCACUAUGCUCUGUGCACCUCUGGGUAGUUUCCUUGGUAACCGUCUGUCGUGCCGAGCCACGGUGAUGCUCGGGGGCUUCUUGUCCGCGCUAGGUCUGAUCCUCGGGUGCUUCGCUUCCUCUCUGGAGCAUCUCUACAUCUCUCUGGGCAUCAUCACAGGUGUGGGCUUCGCUUUGAGCUAUGCUCCAUCCAUCGCCAUGGUCGGUCGCUACUUCAGCGAGAGAAAAGCGUUGGCGUACGGCAUCGCCCAGUCUGUCUCGUUCUUCCAUCCAGGCAGUGGCAUUGGAACCUUCAUUUUGGCUCCUUUGGUGCAGCUGCUUAUCGAUCAAUACUCUUGGAGGGGCGCCAUGCUGGUCCUGGGCGGCUUUGUCUCUAAUUUGUGUGUGUGCGGAGCCUUGAUGAGGCCGGUGUUGGAGCAUAAAGACAGGAAAAGCUUCUCCCUCAAAAGCACCAAAGAAGAAUCCGAAGAGAGCCCACUAAAGUCACUGGAAAAGAGUGACCUGAACUACACUGAAGGACUCUUGAUUGCUAACUGCCACCUAGAGAACAGCAAACUAGCCGAGGUCAGCAAGCUAAAUCAGGCUAACGCACUAGCCCUGCUAUCCGGCGGGCCCGACAACAGGCUGACAGAUCUCAAGCUGGCCGAGUGCAUUUUAAUCAGCAAUGUGCAAACGACAACCGCACUCGGGGAGACUCCGAACUCAAACUGCAAAACGGCCGACGCAAAGAGGGAAGUUCGGGGUUGUUGUAGUUGUUACCUCCAGCUGGAAGAAGACUUUGGCUUCCUGAUGGUUCCGGACUUCUUGGUCCUGGCUUUGUCCUUCCUCUUCCUGGCGUACGGUUGUAGUACUCCAGUGGUCUACCUAGUUCCCUACGCCCUCAGCAAGGGGGUGGAGCACAAGCAGGCUGCAUUAAUCAUGUCUAUAUUUGGAGUUAGCGGCAUCGUGGGUAACGUCACCUUUGGUUGGAUCACAGACAGAGAGUGUCUGAAGCGCUACCGAGUGCUGAGCUACAUGCUAGCCAUCGGAGUGGAGGGCCUGAGCUGUCUGUUUGUUCCGCUCAGUCACUCUUUCGCACCUCUGGCGGCCUUCACGGUGGUCUAUGGCUACUUUGACGGUGCUUACGUGGCGCUCAUCCCCGUGGUCACCUCGGACGCUGUGGGCUCCUCCUACCUCACUUCAGCUCUGGGCGUGGUCUACUUCCUGCACGCCGUACCCUACCUCAUUAGCCCGCCCAUAGGCGGUUGGUUGGUGGACGUGACUGCCAACUACACGGCGACCUUUUUUGUCAGUGGAGUUUCAUUCAUAUGCAGCGCUGCCAUCUUGGGGGCAGCCAUGUUGGUCCGACGCUCCCGUCGGUCGAGACAGAAGGUGCCCUGUCCUGAACAUGCUGGACCAGUUCCCACCGUCAUUUAAGGAACUUUAAGUUUUUAUAACAAUCAAUCACUCUUCAAACCACAUUUUUUUAUUAUUUUUUUUACCUCAGCUUUUUGUAAGUGAAAGCUAACGAUACAAAAAUUUAUAUAUUGAUACUUUCGUAUCAUUACGAUAUGUCAUAUGGAUAUUUGAUAGUGCAGCAUUUAUUCUGUACUGGGAAAAUUAACAAUAAAGCUCAUGAAAAUAUCAUUAACAAUACUGUGAGUGAUAACACUUAACGGUGUUGAUAUUUGAUACUUAUGGAAUAAUACUGUACCUUGAAUGGUAAAGACAACACCUGGAAAUAUGUCAUACUGGUGCGUCGAUAUUGAACUGUGAGACACAACUAUGAAAUAUCACCGUAUCAGUAUUUGGUAUCAGGGUAUCGAUACUGCGUCAACACAAUAUGUAUCAAUUUGGGCAAGAUGUCUUGCCAUUUUUGUGUCACUGGAUUUAUAUAUUGUUUGUAUGUUUUAAAAAAAAAAUGGACCAAACAUGCUGGAAAUUAAUAAACAUUUU